UUAUCGUGUUUCGAACGCUUCACCGUCGGCCAGCGAAAGACAAUACAGGAGUCUUUAAUGGAACGCGUUUCCGACUCCGCCGCAAAGUUUGAAGGCGCUAAUAUUGACUGUCCCGCUAUUCCGAUCCCUGUUUCCGACGUGAUCAUUCAGGUAGACAAGUGUCUACAACCACUCGGCCGUAACCUACGAGAUCGAGCAGUGAAAGCUAUGGCCGGUGAACUGGAAGAUUGUGCCCAAGCGUCACUGUUAAUGUUUAUGAUGAACGCCUGUCAAGACGCUGAUUACCUUGACAAAACCGUCGAUUGUGUAUUGGCAAGGCAAGAUGCCAUCAUAACGAACUUGAAGCUAUCGGAGCUUGAAACGGAGCACACGAAGAAACUCUUUGUUUGCGCCCGUAACAUCCAUAACGAAGUCAAGAAUAAACGCAGAAUCCAGUCCAGUCAUGAGACUUCCAAGAGUAUUUGCGCCGGUACCUGUAAGAUCUAGGACGCAAAAACUUUUGUACUUCUUAGGACGCAUUUCGUAAAACAUAUGCUAACAGGUGUACCCGUCUGAAGCCAAUAUUUCAAAAUCAAGUCUGGUAGCGACCAUCCCUAUUGAAUGAAAUAAAAUUUAGAACACAGGUAAAUAGGUGAGUGUCUUAAAGGUAACCUGUUUAUCAACUAUUUUGCGAGCACAAUACUAAAACUUGAAACGGCCCGUCAAUGAUAAAUUUCGCAAACAUCAAUACAUAAGA